GCAGCCAGAGGACCCCGCACAGCCCCAGCGCCUGCCCGCGCACAGGGCGCAUUUGCCUCCUGAGCGUCUACACGGGAAUAACGAUGGGUUCGGCCCCCGCAUACGGGACGGGAAACUGACAACACUGCGCACGCGCAUCUAGGCAAGAGAGUUGCGAGCCCGCACGCGUGUUUUUCAAAGGGCGGCGCACCAGGCGCUGACGACGGCACGCGCAAGGGGCGCCAUGUCCGCUGUACGCGGGUGCCCGCAGGCGCGCUCCUCCGAGUCUUCGCCUCCCGACACGAUGGAAACUGCCGGGUUCCGGCGGCUGGGCGUGUGCGUCUUGUGCGGGCUGCCGGCGGCGGGUAAAUCCACGCUGGCGCGCGCACUGCCCCACAUUCUACGCAGGCGCAAGGGCCCUGGCUGGGACUGUGUCCUCCUGACCUACGAUGACCUUAUUCCACAGGAGGCCUUCAGCCAACCAGAGACAGAAGCGGGGCUCGUAGCACAACAGCCAUUGCUGUCUCGCUGGAAAUUGUACCGACAUGAACUGUUAGUGUACCUUGAACACUUCUUACAGGCUCUUAUUAAUGGAGAUCAUUUGUAUGCUCCAACAAACAGAACUGAAGCAACAUGGAAAAGUUUUGUUUCCUGUUUCAAAGAACAAGGAUUAAUCUCUUCAGAAAUACAUGAUGCCAAAUCUUGUCAUUACUUAAUAAAUACAACCACUUCCAGACCAUUGUAUUUUGUUUUGGAUGACAACUUUUAUUAUCAAAGCAUGAGAUAUGAAGUAUACCAGCUAGCUCGCAAAUAUUCAUUGGGCUUCUGCCAGUUAUUUUUAGACUGUCCACUUGAGUCCUGCUUACAGAGGAAUUGUCUGAGAAAUCAGCCAUUACCUGAUGAGACCAUAUGUCUAAUGGCAAGAAAAACAGAAGUACCAAAUCCUGAGAAAAACACAUGGGAACAAAAUAGCCUAAUUCUAAAAAGUGUCGAAUGCACUUCAGAAGAUAAUUUGCAGGUGAUUAAUUUGUUGGUUACUGCUUUGGAAAAUCCAGUGAAACAAAUUGAGGAAAAUACCGAACAAAAGGAAACAGACAGAGCCAUUUGUGCAGCUAGUAUUCUCCACCAAGCUGAUCAGGCUUUCAGACGAAUUGUGUCUCAAACAAUGAAGGAUGUGAGAGAUAAAAAUGUACUUCCAAAUGAGAUGAAGAUUCUGGCAGAAGAACUUAAUAAGCUUAAAGCAGAGUUCUUAGAAGAUUUACGACAAGGGCAUCAUCAAAAAAAUCAGUUUUGUCUGCCAAGCAGUGAAUUUGUUACAAAUGUCAUUACUUCAUUCCAACAAGCAACAGACAAUGUAGUGAAGACGGUUUUUUUUUAAAUGAGCACACUGUGUUUUCAGUGCAAGGAAUGCCAAAAACAUGAUAACUUAUUCAGCAGGAUGGCUAAAGAUAUCUGAGGAAGCCACAGCUGCCAUGUAUGGAGGUUUAUGUUAAUUUAUAAUUUCAUUUCUGUCACAAUGCUAUGAAACAAACAAAAAAAACAACUCGUGUUUCAUGUUUAAGAGCAGACCAACAAUAGGAAGAAAUGAGGUUUGAAGAUGAAAGAGAUUUUGGAGCUGUAGUCACCCUAAUCGGUGUCUUGUAAAACAUCUUUGGUGCAAAUCUUUGAACUCCUUCUCUGGCUCCUCCAUCCAUAAUGUUCUUCGUCCUUGCUUCUGUAUUUCCUAGAUUUCUCAUGUAUCCAUCUCUCUGUUCCUUUCCCAUCUCAGAUUAGCCCACUUCUCCUUUUUUUUCAAUGUCAUUUUCCCUUUUCCCAU